CUCUAAACUAAACUAAACUAAAGGGCCUCGUCCCGAAACAUCACCCAUUUCUUCUAUGCAGAGAUGCUGCCUGUCCCACUGAGUAAUUCCCACAUUUUUUGUCUAUGUUCGGUAUUAACCAGCAUCUGCAGUUCCUGCCUGCAUAAUUAAACUGCCAACACGUAGAUUCCAGGAAACUGGUUAGACGUUUGUCUGUUGAUGUUUUUGGGCUGGCUGAGAGCUGGAGUAGUUGCUAAAUGGACUAGUCCUGCUCCUGUGAGUUGUUGUUUAUCAAUUACAGAGACCUAUUGGUUUGAUUAAAUAUUAGUCAAAGGACGAGUUGUAGUUAUAUUCGGUUAGAACAUUAUGAUUUUGAGGCGUUGGAGAAUUUUCAAAAGUCAUUAGAAAAUGAAAGAGUAGUUUAAUGCAGAACUGUGAUGAAUCACUCUGAGUGAGCAAAGCUAUAAACCUGAGAGAGGAGAGGUGACUAUUGUAGUCCAGGUCAACCAAGUAGCAGGGUAUUUAAAACAGUUAAAAUGAGUCAUCUGGUGCCCAUUCUGGUCGUUGGGCUGGCUUUUGUAAACUCUGUAGAAUCGUUCAUAAACAGGAAAUAUACACAUCUAUGUGGCAAUCAUUAUUACAUGGAAACAUUUCGUGUUUGUGAGGGACACAAGCGAAAGAUUAUCCUUCCUAACUCUAUUGCUCUAGAUCCCAAUCGGAACAGAUAUCCAAUCAACCACUUCAGGAAAUUGGAAAGUAAGAAGGUUGAGGAUAUGACCGAGGAAGAAGUGAUUCACGAGCUUGAGUCGUAUUAUGGACGGAAACCGUAUUACUCCAGGCGAAGAGAGGGCUUUAUUUCACCUCGACACCACCAUCGGGGAAGAGAUCGGGGAAGAGAGAAAAUGGACCAUGUCCAGAAAUUGGAAAGUAAGAAGGUCGAGGAUAUGACCGAGGAAGAAGUGAUGAAAGUGCUUGAGUCAUAUUAUGGACGGAAACCGUAUUACGACAGGCGGAGAGAGGGCUUUAUUUCACCUCGACAUCACCAUCGGGGAAGAGAUCGGGGAAGAGAGAAAAUGGACCAUGUCCAGAAAUUGGAAAGUAAGAAGGUCGAGGAUAUGACCGAGGAAGAAGUGAUGAAAGUGCUUGAGUCGUAUUAUGGGCGGAAACCGUAUUACGACAGGCGGAGAGAGGGCUUUAUUUCACCUCGACAUCACCAUCGGGGAAGAGAUCGGGGAAGAGAGAAAAUGGACCAUGUCCAGAAAUUGGAAAGUAAGAAGGUCGAGGAUAUGACGGAUGACGAAGUGAUGAAAGUGCUUGAGUCGUAUUAUGGGCGGAAACCGUAUUACGACAGGCGGAGACUGCAUGAUGUCCAUCAGGCUGAGGGAGAGAACAAGAAGCGGCCUGCUUUUCCAAAUAGUUUCCGCAAAAUAAUGUUGACAGGAAGAAGAGUUGUACUCAGAGAUAAAUGUUGCAAAAUAAGCUGUACAGCGAAAGAAAUCUAUACAAUAUGCUCAUACAUCUAGUGAUGUCAACUGUAAUCUAGUCUGUAGAAUGUCGUAGUCUUCUAGCAAUGAAACUGGCCUUUUGACUCGUCAUAUCCAUGCUGGCUGUUGUAAUUAUCUGUGCUAAUUCUAUUUGGCAACAUUUGAUCCGAGACCUUCUGUACUUUGACAUAUGUUUGUAACACAUGAAUGCAGAAUCAGUGGUUUUAAAGAAAGAAGGGUCCGUUUUGUAAAUUCAAGCUCCCGACCAGGACACUUUGCCGAUAACCUAUUUUAGACGUCAGAAUUGCAUGGCUUUGAAAGAUAGUUUGAAAAUAUUCAACAGUCUAAUAACACCUGACCCUGUAUUUCCAACAAGGGCUGGGAAAAUUUGAACAGAGUAGUGCAAUUUCAUCAAAUUUAUCUGCAUACCUGCAGUAAAAUAAUUAUGUCAGGAUCUGUAUUUGGUAUGUGUGGUCUUGUCCUAACACUUAAUUUCUAAAUGUAGUAAAAAUCAUUCCCACUCUUCAUUUAUUUCAGUUGCCUUUCAUUCUCUGACUGAUGACAUUUGUGCAACCAAUGGAGUGGGAUCAGUUUCCUAGGAUUCUGGAUACUUUUCAUGACAGAAACAAAAGCAGAAAUUGCUGCAACCAUUUAGCAGGUCAGCAAUAUAAAUUGGGAGAGAAACAGAAUUUGAACGGUUGGGUCAAGAAUCCUUUGUCUGAUCAGGGAAAGUGAGAUGUAGUAUAAGUUGCAGAGUUGUGGAGAGAACAAAAGUAAUGCAACUGACUGCUAUUUAAAACAUAUAGAAACAUAGAAACAUAGAAAUUAGGUGCAGGAGUAGGCCAUUCGGCCCUUCGAGCCUGCACCGCCAUUCAAUAUGAUCAUGGCUGAUCAUCCAACUCAGUAUCCCGUACCUGCCUUCUCUCCAUAUUCGUCUUCUCAACCUGGAGUUUGUCCAUUCUCCUUGUGUCCGCGUGAGUUUUCUCCAGUUGCUCCGGUUUAAUGUCCAUAAAUUCAUAGGAGCAGAAGUAGGCCAUUUGGCCCAUCGCGUUCACUCUCCCAUUCAUUCAUGGCGGAUCUAUCUUUCCCGCUCAACCUUAAUCUCCUGCCUUCUCCCCAUAACCCUUGACACUCUGACCAGUCAAGUGUCUGUUAAUCUCUGCCUUACAAAAACCCAAUAACUUGGCCUCCACAGCCAUCUGUGGCAAUGAAUUCCACAGAUUCACCACUUUUUCUAAAGGUAGAUCCUUUUAUUCUGAAGCUUAACCCUCUAGUUCUAGGCUCUCGCACUAGAAGAAAAAUCCUCUCCUUAUCCACUCUAUCCAGGCCUUUCACUAUUCGGUAAGUGUCAAUGAGAUUCCCCCUCAUUCUUCUAAACUCCACAAGUACAGGCCCAGUGCCAUCAAACAAUCAUCAUAUGUUAACCCAGUCAUCCCUGGGAUCAUUCUCGUAAACCUCCUGUGGACCCUCUCCAACGUCAACACAUCCUUCCUCAGAUAUGGGGUCCAAAGGUGUUCAAAAUAUUCCAAAUGCGGUCUGACCAACGCCUUAUAAAACCUCAACAGUACAUCCCUGUAUUUAUAUUCUCGUCCUUUCAAAAUAAAUGCUAAAAUUGCAUGUACCUUCCUUACUAUGGAUUCAACUUGCAAAUUAACCUUUUGGAAUCCUGCACCAAGAUCCUCUGCAUCUCCAAUUUCAGAAUUCUCCCCCCCAUUGAGAAAAUAGUGCACUCCUUUAUUCCUGUUACCAAAAUGCUUGACUCCACACUUCGCUACAGUGUAUUCCAUCUGCCACUUCUUUGCCCACUCUCCCAACCUGUCCAAGUCCUUCUGCAGAGUCCCUGCUUUCUCCACACUAUUUGACCCUCCACCUAUCUUCGUAUCAUCCACACAAUUGGCCACAAAGCUUUCAAUCCCCUCAUCUAAAGCAUUAAUAUACAAUGUGAAGAGUAGUGGCCCCAGCACCAACUCUUGAGGAACUCCAUUAGUCACUGGCAGCCAACUAGAAAAAGCCCCCUUUAUUCCCACUCUUUGCCUUCUUCUAUUUGGCUAGCCUUCUACCCAAUCUAGUAUUCUCCCUCAAAUACUCAACUUUAGACUUUUAGACUCGAAACAUGUCCUUCGGCCCACCAGGUCCAAUAGUCAAUAGUCAAUAGUUAAAUGUAUUCAUCACAUACACAAUGAAGUGCAGUGAAAUGAAUUUGCCAGCAGCGGUACAAUAAAAAAAGAACACACAAUACACAAUAAAAAUUUAACAUAAAACAUUAACCACAGCAUUCAUCACUAUGGUGGAAGGCACAAAGUUCAGUCAUUCCUCCUCCAUUUUUCCCCGUGGUCGGGACCAUAAACCUCCGCAGUCGUAGCUGCGGGCGGCCAGAUGUACAGGCAAGGUAAGUCCCGAAUCGGUGCUUCCCUACCGGAGAUUGCAGUUUGAAGAUGACAUAGGCCGGCGGUCGGAGCUCUUCUACAGGGAUUCUCGGUGAGGGCUCCAGCUCCGGAUGGAAAGUAAGUAAGUCCCCGCCGCGCCCACGGAAAGAAGCACCACAGACCGCGGCUUCAAGCUGUUGUAGGCCGUGGGUCAGCUGUCGGAGCUCUUCUCCUCCGGGAUCCCCAAUGAGGGUUCCCAGGCUCCAGACGCCGCGCCAGCUGGAAGCUCCGCAAUCCACGCCCGCGGCAAGAAGCACCGCAGUCCGCGACUUCAGGCUGCCGUGGGAUAGCGAUCGGAGCACCCCCUUCUGGCGACCCCCGGCAAGGGCUCGCCCGCUACGCGAUGAAAAUGUCCACGCUGCUAAAGCUC